UCGUAAAGUAACCGCCCACGAGCAGACUAAACAACAAAGAUGGAGUUGUGAACUAGUAGCAAGUUAGCUUCCAAAGGACGUUACAUUUCUGUUUUUGUGUAAUUGCCGUUCACAGAGCGGAAGUAACCAGCCGAUUGAAGGGGAGUGAUGCGACCACAUUGACGUCACACAUAGUCGAGGUGUUGUAGGGGUCGCAACAAGCUGUCGAGCGGGUAAACAUACCGGUGUCUUGGCGACGACAAAGACAACACGGCUUAACGUCAGCGGCUACCUCGGUGAGCUAAGUAACGUCUGCUCCUUUUCACUGUUAACGAGCGAAGAGCGCGACUCGGACAGAAAUGGAAAAGUCAGAUUUCCUGAAAGGACUACCAGUCUACAACAAAAACAACUUCAGCAGAUUCCACGCAGACUCUCUAUGUAAAGCAUCAAACCGUCGACCAUCUGUGUAUCUUCCAACACGGGACUAUCCAUCAGAGCAGAUCAUAGUCACAGAAAAGACAAACAUCCUAUUGCGAUAUCUUCAUCAACAGUGGGACAAAAAGAAUUCAGCUAAAAAACGGGAGCAGGAGCAAGGAGAAGUGGAGAACAUGGCGCCUCCACGGAAAAUUGCCAGAACAGACAGUCGGGAGCUGAAUGAGGAUUCGUGAAUGGCUGUGCUGUUGAUGCACAACCAGCAGAGACUGACCAAUUUAAACAAAAUGCGAAAACAGAUGCAGAAUAUAUGUUUGCAAACCCAGGCCUUGACACUGAAGCACACAGGGAUUCAUACUUUUCAGACCAUAGCCGGCAUAUUAAUCUAAAAAACAUUGGUCUUAAUGUUUUACUUCAAAAUUCCUCUUCAACCAAAAUCUAUUUUUCUCGGUUUAUUUACUACUUUCACCCAGUAUUUUCUUUUGUUCCAAGACACCUAUGCCUCAAAUGUCAGUGUUUGUGGUUUGAAAAUAACAUCUACCUCCUAAUUCCUCAUUCCCUCUGCUUUUCCUUCACUUAAGCUCACACAGUUUUCUUUUAAAUAUGUAGCUGCUCUGGGAGGGUUUACAGCUGUAGUUAUUCAUAGCUUCUCUAAGAUAUGCACAUAUUAAUAUAAGUGGUUAAGUGGCAUGCCAUCUGUUGUUGCUCCUACUCCAUAAGAAUGUUUUUGUUUUGAAUUGCAUAAGGACUGGUCUAUCAAUUUUUAUUUUGGCUUAUCUUUUAUGUGAUUACUGGUAUUGUGUUUGUUGCUUUAGAUUUAAUCAUCCAUUCAGGGUUUGUUAUGGACGGGUGCUGAAAGUUUUUCUCUUGAUGAUUAAUGAUUUAUGGCCUUAAAUGGAAGUAAGUGUGUUUUAAUGAUGUCUUAGAGUGAACCCGUCGGUUUACAUUGUUGUUUCAGGUGAAGAAGUCAACCACAAGCCAGUUGAAUGGAUGUUAGCGUGUCUAUGAAGACUUAUUCAAGCCAACAGAGUCAGACUGGAGAAUGCAAACUGUUUUUGUACAGUAAGACCUGCAGAUUGUGUAGCCAUGUUCGAAGUUUGAUGCUCAGUAGUUUGAGAUCACCACUUUAUAAGCAGUGUGUGUGUAUCUUUGUAAUUACAACGUUUGCACAAUAUUUUAUGGGUGAGCUGAUGACUGCAGAUAUAAGUAAAUUUAAAAUGUAUCUGUACUGCUGUGAAGGUGACUUGUAGGGACUGCUGUCGAUCCUUGAUAUAAAUGUGCCAUUCACAUUUACUUUCAUAGUGACAUUGAGGAAAUGCGUGUUUGGAUUGAGGACAGCAGGACUAAAUAAACAGAGUGUUUGCAGCUCACAAAUUA